GCAGCUCUCCCUACGGGCGUCUGGUUGCCACUGCCUCCCCCACUACUCACUGAUUGACUCGGCUUUGUUAAGACCGCUCUACUAGAAGCACUGCCGUGAUUGGUGAAUUUAUCGCAUCGCUCUGCCUCCCGACUGUUCCGAUUGGUCGUCUAACGUGCCUGUCCCGUCGCUGAGCUUGGAUACUACCUGUGGUGUGUUAGUGUGGGCACAUGCAGCGCUGAAGCGCACGGUUCUAUAGCUUCAUCGUCUGAUCGCUUCCAUUGGAGUUUACUGACAAUUCACAACUUCGUGCAAGUGGCUUCUGGAAGUUGCAGGAAAAAAAUCGAUUCUUUCUGCGCGUAAAAGUGUCUGUUCUUCCGUUUCCACAGUGCAAAUGAGCGACCGGAACGCAAGGGAUACAUAGAAAGCCUUUUUCAACAGCAUUGUAGCUGCUCCCACAUUGGUGGCCAUUUAGAGAGCGGCGGCGGCUGAGGGGGCGCGCACAGCGGGCAGUUAGUAUGCAAAGCCACCAGGCUGCUGGGCUCUCAUGUGGGAAGUGUUUGUAGAGUGAGUGGAGGAGGCUGGGACUCUUUCCUCCCCCCGCAGAGAUGAGCUUCUCAUUGUUCAGCUUCUAAAGCCCAUUCAGGGUCUCUCUCUCCCACACACACGGCAUGGGCCCCUCUCUAUUGUAUGCCCACUGAGCACAGCACAACAUGGAUACUACCAUUUCCCAACAGAUGGACCACUUUCUGGAGAGUCCCCUGGUGACCUGGGUGAAAACCUUUGGCCCAUGUGGGAAUGAGAAUGAAAGUAAAUUAGCAAUGUAUAUGGAACUUGUGGAUGGAGUCUUCCUAAACAAGAUCAUGGUUCAGAUAGAUCCUCGGCCCUCCAAUCAACGUGUCAACAAGCAUGUGAACAAUGAUGUCAACCGACGAGUUCAGAACCUUACUAUACUGGUGCGCCACAUUAAGGCCUAUUACCAGGAGGUUCUCCAGCAACUGAUUGUGAUGAAUUUACCAAAUGUCCUAUUAAUCAGCAAGGAUCCCCUCACUGAUAAAAGCAUGGAGGAACUGAAAAAAAUUUUGCUGCUGAUGUUGGGUUGUGCCGUGCAGUGUGAAAGAAAAGAGGAAUACAUUGAAAGGAUCAAGCAGCUGGAUAUUGAGACUCAAGCAGGAAUAGUAUCUCACAUUCAGGAGGUAACCCAUAAUCAGGAGAAUGUGUUUGACCUUCAGUGGUUAGAACUUUCUGACAUGGCACCAGAAGAGCUGGAUUCACUCUCCAGGAACAUGGCCUUGCACCUCAAGAGGCUUAUUGAUGAGAGGGAUGAAUGUAAAGAGGUAAUUGUGGAUUUGACACAGGAGAGGGAUUAUUUGCAAUUCCAAAAUCACCCAAGCCCAGUGAAGUCUUCAAGUCCUGAUACUUCAGCCAACAUGGUCAGUCAUCUGUCCAGUGAGGACAAGAAACACCUGGCGGUAGAGCUUGCCGAGAGCAAAGCAAAGCUCCGUAGAAUACGUCAAGAGCUGGAAGAAAAAUCUGAGUUGUUGUUGGAUACAAAGCAUGAAGUUGAAAGACUCAACCUGGAACUACAGAAGAUUAAACAGGAGAACUUCCAACUUGCUUCUGAAGCACGGACAGCCCGCACCUACAGAGAUGAAAUAGAUUCCUUGAAGGAAAGAGCCAGUAAAGUGGACCGUUUGGAGAAUGAGUUGGCUCGGUGCAAAGAAAAGCUGCAUGAUGUCGAUUUCUACAAGGCUCGAAUGGAUGAACUGAGGGAAGACAAUAUGAUUCUCAUUGAGACAAAAUCCAUGUUAGAGGAACAGCUGGCUGCUGCACGAACUCGGACAGACAAACUUCAUGAGUUAGAAAAAGAAAAUCUACAGCUGAAGUCAAAAAUUCACGACCUUGAACUGGAUCGUUACUCAGACAAGAAUAGGAUUGAGGAGUUGCUGGAAGAAAACAUGGUACUCGAGAUAGCUCAGAAGCAAAGCAUGAACGAGUCCGCUCAGUUGGGCUGGGAACUGGAUCAGCUGUCCAAAAGCACUGACCUGUCUGAUGCAAGAAAGUCAUUUGUGUUUGAGUUAAAUGAAACAACAUCCAGCAAGAUAUUGAAGCUGGAGAAGGAAAACCAGAGCCUUCAGAACAUUAUUCAGGAUCUAAGAGAGGCCUCACUCACUCUGGAGGAGGGCAACCUCAAGGGGCAGGAGUGGGAAAAGGAAAAUCAGCAGCUCAGUAAAAAGAUUGAAAAUUUGAAUCAACAAAUUGAAAGAGAGCGACAGAGCAGCUUGGAUCUGGAAAGUCUGAGUGAAGAUCUUCUGAAAGAAAAAGACCAGCUUUCUCAAGCAUUAGAAAAUAUAAAAUCUCAAAAGGAAAGACAGAUUAAAGAGUUGGAGCAGGAAAAUAAGCACCUCAUUCAGACACUGGAAGCGGUUCGGCAAAGGUCUCAAGUGAGCACUGAAGCAAGAGUUAAAGAUAUUGAGAUGGAAAACAGAAUCCUUCAUGAAACUAUUAAAGACACAAGUAGCAAAAUGAAUGAGUUGGAAUACGAAAAGAAGCAACUACAGAAAGCCUUUGAUCAAUCCAAGGAACAAGUGGAGAAAUUGGAUAAGAUGGAGAAGGAGGUACACAGACUGGAAAAACAGAAUGAAAUACUGACUAAGAAAGUGACCUCCAUAAAGAUUGUAGAAGAAAAGAUGCAAGGCCUAGAAAAAGAAAAUGAAGUAUUAGAAGGAGAGAACAUAGUGUUGAAGAAGUCUUUGGACACAUUGCAGAAUGUUACAAUCAAAUUAGAAGUGCUGGAGAGUGAGAACAAGCAACUGGAUGAAGAAAACCUUGAACUGAGGAGAGCAGUUGAAGCUAUGAGGUUCUCUUGUGCAAAAAGCACACAGAUUGAGAGAGAAAAUAAUGAGCUUCAGAAGGAAAAAGAGGAGCUGCAAAAGAAUGUUGAGCUUCUGAAGGCACUUGGGAAGAAGUCAGAGCGCUUGGAAGUCAGUUACCAGGGCCUGAAUGAUGAGAACUGGAGGCUGCAGCAAAUGUUGGACACUGGAAAUAAAAAGAUUAAUGAUCUAGAGAAGGAGUUGCAUGACACUGAGAAGGAGAAUAAGGAUCUUCAAAGGACCUUGGAGGAAAUGAAGAUUUGUAAUAAGAGGCUGGAGAGAAUGGAGGAAGAAAACAAAGCUAAAGAGCAAGAAAUGGUCCAGCUGGAGAAAGAUAAUAAAAUAUUACAGAAAGAGUCAAAGAGACUGUGGCAGCAGGUGGAGCUGAAAGAUGCUAUCCUAGAUGACAACACUGUGAAGCUAGCAGACUUGGAGAAAGAAAACCGUGCACUAGAAAAGGAGAUAUCCAAGCUGAGAGACUUAUCCACUAAAACACGAGAUCUGGAGAGGGAGAACAAGGAUCUACUACAACAAAUGACUGUUGACAAGAGAACACUAGCUACAUUAAGAGAGGAUCUGGUCCUAGAGAAAUUAAAAACCCAGCAAAUGUCAAGUGAGUUGGAUAAGCUGAGCCUUGAGUUGGAAAAAAUUGGCCUAAAUAAGGAAUCGAUGUUGCAGGAUGAGAACAGCAAUGCUGAAAAAAAAUACAAACUCCUGGAGAACAAGAUUGAAUCUACACUAAAGACAACACUAGCAGUGAAAGAAAACAAGAUAGUGGCACUGGAGAUGAAGAUAGAAGAGACAAGCAGUCUGAAUCAGCAGCUGCAGAAUGAAUUAAAUUCGAUUAAGAAAGACAUUAUAGCAUCCAAGGAAAACCUGAGGGGAGCUGCUCAUAAUUCCUAUACACAGCUCAGCAGUAAACAAGAUUGCAAUAGCCAGAUAAAUGGGCAACGAGAGACCACUGUGGAACUGCUUAAGUUUAAGGACCGAACUAUUGAGCUGGAAAGAAAUAAUGCAGCGCUGCAAGCUGAGAAGAAGCUGUUCCGAGAGCAGCUUCAACAUCUGGAAUCCCAUAAUCUUAACCUCAGCAGUCAGAUGGGGACUUUACAGAAACAGGUCACCUUUCUUCAGGAACACAACACUGCUCUGCAGACCCAGACAGCCAAUCUACAGGUUGAGAAUGCCACUGCCACAUCCCAGGUUGCUUCUUUGAAGUCCCAGAUCUCUCAGUUCCAGAACCAGCUUUCUGCUCGGGAAAGUGAGAAUGAAAUCCUCCAACAGCAGAAGGAGCACUUAAGGGUUACACAUGAAUCACUGCUUCAGGACCAUGAGCAACUGGGCUCACUUUAUGAACGCCAGUCAGCAGAGUAUGAAGGGAUGAUCAGCCAACACAGUUCCCUGAAAAGCCAGUACAAGAGCCUAGAGCAGGCACAUCGUAGCUUGGAGGAGAGCUACAGUACACUAAUAAAGCACAAAAAAGAGCUGGAGGACCUGGAUGCAGUUUUAAAGAAAGAGCAGGACGUUCUGCAACAGGAAAGACGAAAGAACUUUGUUGCAAUGGAAGAAAACCAGAAACUAAAGACAGAUCUGGAAAGGUUGAAUUUCUUGCACGGAGAACUGCAGACAGAAUACAGCAGCCUUCACAAGCACACUAAGGAGGUAAAAACCUCCCUAAACAAUGCCCAGAUGGAGUUAAACCGCUGGCAGGCACGUUUUGAUGAACUAAAAGAACAGCAUCAGACCAUGGAUAUUUCCCUCACCAAACUUGAUAACCACUGUGAGCUGCUCACACGUCUAAAAAGCAACCUGGAGGAAGAAAACCACCAUCUUCUGAGCCAGAUUCAAAUGCUCAGCCAGCAGAACCAAAUGCUGCUGGAGCAAAGCAUGGAGACCAAGGAGCAGUACCACGAGGAACAAAAGCAAUACAUAGAUAAAUUACAUGACUUGAGAAGGCAAAAGGAGAAGCUGGAAGAAAAGAUAAUGGAUCAAUAUAAAUUUUAUGAUCCAACUCCUAAAAAGAAAAGCCACUGGUCAGGAGCCAAAGCUAUUGCAAAGCUGAUAAAACCAAAGAAAGAACCCUCUAGGGAAAGUGUAAAAUCUCCCACAGAUGUUCAGAGUAAGACAAUGGAUAAUGCAGAAAUGGCUGCAUCACCAUCAUCCAUGAGACCACUCCGCUUACAACAGGAGAGUUUAGAUAAUUCAUCGCUUGGCUCUGAUGAGAAAGGCAGCCCCAAGGUUUUGGCUAGUAAAGUACUGGUAGAGGUUGCCCAAAGACAGCACAGAAUGUCCUACCAUGGAAGCAGCAGUGAGCAAACAGAUGGCCCGGAACAUCUCUCUCGCUCUAGGAGAAUGGAGUCAGGAUCCAGGGCUUUCUCUACAUCUGCAAUCCACCUUACUGCCCCUGCACACAAUGCUAAAGUCCCGCAUUUAUCCAGACCUAAAGGCUACAACUCUGAUGAUAAUCAAUCCGACCAACUGCAUGAGGCUGAAUCCAACGCUGGAAGUUCACGUGUGCCAUGGACCAGCAGUUUAGAAGUCAGCAGAAGUGCAUCAAAUAGCAGCUCACCCCUAACUCUUAAAGGCAGGCCGGAGAGUGUGAGCAGUGAAGAUAUGAUUCCCACCAAAGAUAUCGCAACUUUAUCUAGAGAGAGUAAUUUGUACCAUCCAAAUGCCGUUAUGCUGGGAGCUACCAAAAACAGAGAGUCUCCAGUCAACAGAAACAGCCUUCAUUUGUAUGACUACCCAGAAAAAAAGAAUUCUAGCCGUACCCCAACCAGGCCACGUCCUGGGUCCCCUGGCAGUGAAAUGGUGACUUUGGAAGAGUUUCUGCAAGAGAGCAGCAGACAGUCACCACCCAGUCGCCGGCACAGCUUAAAUGAUUCCGAGCUCAUCACUCUGCAUCAGUUUCUGUUUGAGGCUGAGACCCUGCACCCUUCCUCCCAGUCCCCCUCUCCCACUCUGCAUCUCAAGGAUCCUUCCCAAACAGCUGUGCCAAAGAGCUUGCCAUCGGCUGAGAACUGCGAAUGGAGGAAGAGAGCAGACAGGGCCAGUAGGAGAGCAGCUUCGCUGUAUAUCCCCAGGGACAUGGUUACCAACAGAGAUGAUAUGCUUGGUGAUUUGUUUAAAAAGACAGAAGACCCUCCUGACAUCAGAAGCCCCAUGUCUGAGCUCAUUUUUAAGGAUGCUGCACAGAUGCCUACAAGUUAUGUGAGUCCCACUGUGAAGGUAACUGGUAAUACCACCAAGCCAGGCCAGUAUGUGAAACCACAUCCCAGGCAGCUGGAUGCUCCACUAAAUGUAACCAGUUCUCUCCGACAUCAAGCAAAUGUUUAUUCUGCUACAUCUUCCAGUCAGAGCCCAGAGCCACAGGCGCUGUCACCUCAUGGUGCAAUGGGCAGCAGGGGUAACUCACUGAGCAGAGCAUUCAGUUUGGCUUCAGCAGAUCUCCUCAAAGAAAAUGGUCCUGAAGUAGUCAUGCAAGAAAAGUCUGACGUAGAAACACCAGUGGGAAAGGAUUUUGGUCGCUACAUGAUCCGAUCCUCUACUCCUUUGGGGUCUCAGUCUUCUUUAAGAGAAAAGCCACAAUCUGCAAGGAUGCAACACAUGCUGCGUGGGGAUGACCGUCAAUAUCGUUCACUGGAUUCACGGCGCCUGUCACUGGCACUUCCAAAGGAAGAAACAACUCCACCACAGCCGGCUCCAUCUGCUAGCAGCCUACAGCAGCAUUAUACACUUGGCCACAGUGCCAUCAGAGGAAAACCCAAGCUUCUUUCUCGAUCUGGAGAGGUAGCAUUAGUAUCACCAGUCCGACCCAUCUCCAGUAUCCCAGAGCUGGAAGCUACUCAGGGUUUGGCUUCUGCUGGACCUGGAAAAUCUCGAAGCACAUCACCUGACUGCUCUCCUGCACCAGUCUGCGAAGAAGAGCCCAACAAAUCUGAAACUCUAAAAAGUACCCCUGCAUCACCAGACCCAAGUGCUGAUCCUCAGACUGUUUGGUAUGAGUACGGCUGUGUGUGAAGCUACUUUCCCUGCUUGGUGUUUGACUAGAUAUAUCUAUUUGCAUUCAGCUCUUGUGUUGCUUCAUUUGGGAUUUUACUUUAAGAAUAAUAGUUUCAAAUAUAAUUUUCCUUCUAAAAUGAUGGAUGACCACGAAACUGAGAGAAGCCUAUGCAAAGAAAGCAGUUUGGAUUUUCCCGGAUUUUAUUUUUCAGGUGCUACUUAACCCCUACCAUUUAAGUAUGAGAACGCACAAUGGGAUUGUUCUCUGUUAAAUGUAUUUGCUCACUGUGGUUGUGCUUACAGGGAACAUUUAUCAGCACCAACAUGCACUUAACAUUCUCAAUUCAUGUCGUACAUUAUCCAGAGACAAAGCUCACCUUGGUUCAAACACAAUGAGCACGCUCCAUUCAGAUCAUAUACUGAGCACUGUUAUGUUUGGCAACUACUAACCCACAUUAUAACUGUACUCUUUAGUGGUAUUUGUUGGGGAGGGUACUUGGCAAAUAUUGCUUUGCUCCUCUAAUAAAUCAGUCAUAGUUGCAUAAAUCAUUUUGUAGUAUGAAGAAUAUGAAUUAAAAAUGUAGCUUUAUGCUAGAUUUCCGAUGAAGUAUGAAUGUCACUGACUUAAUAUUAAUUUAUUGGACUGACUACUUGUUGCUAAAGGUUUGAAAGCUGCUAGGCCAGGCAUCAUAAAUAUUUAUUGUUGUUUCACUGAUUUAAGGAUCUUUAGACUACUGCUAGUUACUCAAAAACAGUUCUGAUUUUAAUGUUUACCCCUUUGCUGCUGACGGGUGUGGGCUUGAUUAUUGGUCAGUGUAUCCCUACAAAUGGCAAAGCCGCUGACAUUACAUUGGGAGAUCUGUGAUCCCCUGAUGUGCUGCUAAUGAGCCGUACUACUGAUAUAGGACUCACUUUAUGUAAAUUCUUCAGUCUAUUCACAGUAAAUAUAUACAGCUCAGUUUAGUGAUGGUUUCUGCAUUAUACGUCAUCAAUGAAAUUGGAAAUGAAUCAAAAUACAUUUUGUUAUGAAGCAAUGUUCAAAAUGGUGCUGUUUAUGUUGCAGAAGCCAAAUGAAAAUGCCAUUGUUAGCAAGACCUCUAGCAAUUGAAUCUCCAGUUACUAGCUUGCCACAUUGUAAACACUAGGUAAAUGAAUAAAUAGUGGAAGUUCCAGAGAUGCAUGCAAUUUGCAGUUUCAGAUGGGACAGCCUGCCAUUUAUAGCCAUUGUCCUUCUCUAACUUGGCCAUCCACAUCUCGGCCAAUUGUCUGCCACUGUAUUCUGUCAGGAGAGCCACAGAGACGUUGAUGUUGCUUCUAGAACAUACUUUGCAAUGUUUUCAAUGAUCAUUUGAACACUGGAAAAUCUGUAACAGGAUAUGUAAAUAUUAUGUAUAUUAAUGUAUAUGAUGGCUUUUGUAAAUAUGGUUGCCGUUAAGAGAAUGUUGUGACUACAGGGGCCCUUUGCAGUGCAUUGAAGGCAUUCAUAAUAAUUGUAGGGGCCCAAUGACUGCAAGGGGCCCAUUGAAGAAGCUCUCCCCCUCCCCCGUUUAUGUAUGCACAAAAAAGUACCAAUAAAAACAUCAGGGACAUGGUGUAUCGAGGGUGUGUGUAUGUAUGGAGGAGCACCUCCCUGAAAGAGAUGCAUUUCAUACUCUCAAAGCCUCAAUUUUGUGGGGCACAACAAUGAAUUCAAGGAGUUGUACAAAUAGCCACGACAGAGUUGCGGGAAGUGAAAUGCAGUUAGUGACACGUGCCCACUCUGAAGACGCUAGCCACAACUUGCACAAAAACUCACAAAGACAGGUGCAUGCAAUAGAGGCACAUUUCAUUUGCUUCUUGGUACUCUGACACUGGAUUUCUGGGAGAGAAAAACCAUGGCUCAAUCAUUCUAAAAACUGCACUUUUCUCACUCCUCUGCAGUUGUAAAUGUGGCUUUAAGCGUAUUGGUUUCUAAAGGGCACCGAAUCGAACCAAGUAUUGUGAGUCUUGCCUAAAUUACUCCCUUGAUUUUUUUUUUCUUUACAUAUUCUCAUGUUACCGUAAUCUGUGUGUAUAGAAAUAUAUAUAUAUAUGGUUAAGAGUAGCAUUUAUGUCAUUCAUGCAAUAAAACAUUUGCCAAUAGAACAUUUAUGGUGGAGGAUAUUACAUUCAUUUAAUGUCAUUGACUCUCCCUAUCUGUAGUGAUGCAGUAUCUCUGUGUGUGCAAAAAUAAUUCAAUUUUUAUAAUAAACCGUGUGUGAUCCUUUUCUCAA